AUGUGCACUCCGAAUCUAUGCUUACCAACAAAAAAUCACCUCGGCCCCAAGCAUUCUGAAGCCCCGCCCUUCAAUGCCCUGAAACCCCGCCCUUCAGCACAAUACACCUUGUCUUUAAGAUCCCCGGUAUAUCAGCACCGAACCCUGACUCUUAAAAGGUACCGGUGCGGGCGUGACCCCAACAGGCAGUGGGGCACGAGGAAGCCCGACGGGACCUGGACGGGCAUCGUGGGCAGCCUGGUGGCGGGCGACGCUGACGUGCUCAUGGGCUCGCUGGACCUGACGUACCCAAGGUCGAAGAUCCUCGAUUUUACCUUCGCGUUGGAGGAGAGCAGGUUCCGUCUGCUCCUGAAGCGGCCGAACGCCAUGGGCAACCCUUGGACGGGCUACACCAAGGAAUUCAGUCCCGGUUCAUGGGCCUUCAUCGUCAUGGGUCUGGUCGUGGGAUCCGCGUCUCUCGUGACAGUGGCUCACUUCAGCCCGCGGGAGUACAAGAAACUGCAGUUCGGAGAGACCUCGCUCUGUGUUCUCGGCCUUUUGUGUGGACAAGGUCCGACUUUCAACCUCGAGGCCAUCUCAUCGCGUAUCGUGCACAUCAUAAUAGCAACGAUGACGCAACUCAUCUUCUUCCACUACACGUCAGCUCUGAUAUCCGCCCUCGCCACGUCCGGGUCUCCUCCUAAAAUCAACUCCCUGCAGGAUAUCCUCGCCUCCUCCUCCCACACACUCGGCCUCAUCAAGGGGACCUCCACGAUGGAUGAGUUUAGUAGCACGAGCAACCCCCUUUACAAGGACACAUGGGACAAGGUGGUCUCUGUGAAUCCCGGUAGCGUCGUGAGCUCCAUGGAAGAAGGUGUCCAGAAGGCUAUGAAUGACUACGACUUUGUCUUCUUUAUAGAUGAACAUGUCUAUAACAGCGUGUAA